GAUAAUAUUUUGCUGUUGCUGACAAACAAAAAUUAAACCAUGUCUACUACUGGUGUUAGGUUCUGUCUCGCAGUCCCAAAGUCGUUAAAACAUCCAAAAUAUUCCGAUAAUACCUAUCAAGUACGUGUUGCUCAUAGACUAGCUGAAUGUCUUAAAACGUCCAUUAUGGAAAACCGUCUAAUGUCAACUUUUGUUCCUACUGACAGACAGAUUAACAUUGAGUGUGAUGACCAGCCAGUAUUUACAUCUUGUUGUACAAUUGAUGAAACACCAACUGAUUUGAAUAAUUGUGGUCAUUCUACACACUUUGUUCUGAUAUAUAUACCAAAGUUGUGGCUUAAACAAUGUGCAUCAUUACUAAGACCGGAUUUAUCAAUCGAUAAACAAGAACUCAAUAAUUGUGUUCAAAAGUUAACCGAUGGGCAAACAGCUUGGCUUGCCGAACUCGCUAUUCGUAGUUUAGUUUUGUCUAAGGCACAUAUUAAAAGUCUUGUAUGUGAUUUGGGUUUGUCCUUAAAUCUGAUUGAUAAUAUUGAUGAGUAUAUUUUAUCAAAUCGUCCAGCUCUAUUCAUCUUAGAGUAUUUAGGACUAAUAUCUAAUUUAACUAGAAGUCAUGACAAAAUGGAAAGACGAUCUAUAUGGACCGAUCAUUUCUCCACUUUAAAUGUAUUUCCGAAUUCGGAGAAAUUACGUCAGUAUUUUGGUGAUUCAAUUGGAUUUUAUUUUGUUUGGAUGAAGUCUUAUUGUGUUUAUUUAACUUGUCCGUUAAUCGCUGGUUUAUUUUGUCAAGUGUUCAAUUUACUAAAUGGUCAAUAUUUUGAAGAUAAGCAAGUAUCACUAGGAAUUCAUUUAGUUUAUACUAUUUUCAUGAUAUUAUGGGCUGUUAUCUGUACUAAACUGUGGCAACGUGAGUAUAUUUCUUGUGUCGAUCGAUGGUCUGGCAAUGCCUUAAUUGAAUUAGCAGCAAAUGACUUAACUUGGCUGUUUAACUUUAUUGAUCAGAGACCAAAUUUUCACGGCACUUGGAGACAAAGUCGCGUUACUGGCUUGAUGGAAUUGCACUAUCCCGCAGCUAAACGUCGAUUACGUUAUGUGGCAUCCGGUUUCAUUACAUUAGCAUGUUUGUUAUGGGCUAUAUUUGUAAAUAUUGCCCUGUUGAAUAUGGAAGGUUUUAUCGUAGCAGAAAAGUCGCCAUGGUUUCAUAUAGGAUUCGUAAGUCAGUUCGCUGAACCUGAUGCAAUAUUUGAUCCGAACGCCAAUGGAAUAUUAUCGUAUAUUCCUGGGGUUUUACAUUCUUUAAUGGUUUUCGUUAUGAAUCAAAUAAUUUUUCGUGCUAUUGCUGAACAUCUAACCGAAUGGGAAAAUCAUUGUACAAAUAAGGAUUAUGAACGUGCAUUGAUUAUAAAACGUUUCUUAUUUGAAUUGGUUGAUGCAUAUGGUGGUUUAAUUUAUUUAGGCUUUAUAUUAGCUGAUCGUUUGGCAUUACGUUCACUUUUAUUAACAAUGUUUGCUACUGAUUCAAUAAGACGCUUAACACUUGAAUGUAUUAUACCAUACAUAAUUUAUCGAUUUCGUGCAUGGAAAGAAAAACAAUCAAUUGGUUUAAUUAAACGUAACCACAAUAGUGAAAAACCUAUGUAUCAAAUACGUGUUGAACGUGAAUUAUGCGCAGAUAUUUAUGAAUCAUUUGAUGAUUAUUUAGAAAUGGUUUUACAACAUGGUUAUCUUGUAUUAUUUGCUUAUGCAUCACCAUUAUUUAUUACAAUUUUAGCUAUAUUAUGUACAUUUCUUGAAAUACAUUUUGAUGUAUUCAAAUUAUUUUGGGUAACACAAUGUCCUAAAUCAAAUUUAUUACUUAGAGAACAAUCUAUAUGGUUAUUGCUAUUAGGUAUACAAGCUUGGUUAUCUGUAUUAACUAAUGCUGGUUUAUUAAUAUCAGAAAUUCAUCGAUUAGAAAUUUUAACUGAUGUGACUGCAAGCACUAUAUUUCUAAUAUUUGAACAUUGCCUUAUAUUCAUUGCUUUAUGUAUACAUUUUUUAAUAUCUGAUACACCGGUUACUGUACGAGAUGCUAGAUUGGCUCGAGAUUUUGCUAGAGCACGUUUGUUGAAUCCUAAAAAAGAUAAUUAAUUAUACAAAGAUCAUGCUGCACAUAAAUGCACGUAUUACAUAAUACACAAAGUUUAGAAAGUCGUGAUGUGAUAUAUUAGUAAUUGUUUUAGCCUUUUUCACCUACUUAUAUUUAUUAUUUUGUUUGUCCUGAUUACGUUGUAUCUUAAUAUACUUUACAAUUUUAGUAUAUGAAUUUUGUAGACUUUCGUUUGUACUCAUCAAACUUAGACAAAACGUUUUUUUCAAUGAUUUGUUAUUGAAUGAUGUUUUGAAUGUUUAUCCAUAAAAGUCAAUACAAAAUGUUGUCUUUCUUAUUAUCAUCCAAUCCAUCAAAAAUCAGUCACAUUUGAUCCUAAGUUGGGAUAAUUUAGAGAACGGUUAAUAUCUCAGUAGUAUUCGUCAACUGUUUCUUAGUCUUAAAUAUCUCAAAAUUGUGCACAUCAUACGAUGUUGAGUUGAAAACUUGUAGGUCUCUCACAAAGCAUGUUACAUUUAGAUAAUUAAACUGGAGUCCAUCAGGGUACAUCUCUAAUUUCAACCAAUCAACUCAAAACAAAUCACUUGUUCAUGUUUAAAGGACAAACCAUUUGGGGAGCACCAGUGGUUGCAAUUAAUUUCCUUAUGUAUUCGAAUCUCUCCAAAUUUAAAAGUGACUAAAUAGUUUGCAUAUUUCUCAGUGACCGAAAGAUCUUAAUACUGUUUCCAUAUUUUAUAAUAGCUCACUGAAGUUACAAAGCUGUUAAUUACUUAAUAAAUACAUUUUCAGAAGAAUCAAUCAUAAACCUAUUGAGUCAAGAUAUUAUUACGGCUGUAAAUCUGUCAUAUUCAGGAGGUCUUACCAAGAUGGUAUGACUUAUUUAUCAGUUAACAAAUCGUCAGCCAAUGAGGAAAAUGUAGACUACAUGCUAACAGAUUCUUCUUCACUUAUAUUUGUCGUGAGAUUAAUGUGACACUAAUUGCCUGCGGUGGUUGUCACAC